CUUGGGGGGUCCCCGUGGGCUGGCCGAGGCGGUGGCGGUGGCGAGGCCGAAGCACGACGGCGUGGAAGAGGAAGAGCGAGCGCGCCGCUAAGACCCAGAGGGCUCUGCGGGCAGCGGGGCGGGCAGAUCGCAGGCAGCAGCGGCUCCAUCACCAGCCACAGAGAAAGGGGAAGAGGAGGAGAAGGGAGGAAGGAAGGAGGGCCGGGGCGGAGGGGGCCCCCCGGGAUGGACAUGGCCUGACCGGGCCCCGCAGCCCCCCGCGGGCCGGUGCAGGUGUGCCGGUGGCGGCCCCCUCCCCGGGCGGCAUCCCCUUCCCCAUGCCGCUGUAGCCGGCGAGGGGCCGCGGCGUGACCGGGGGGAGCGGCGGCGGUGGUGGCGGCAGCGGCGGCGGGCGAUGCGGCGCAGCGGACCGGUGGCGGCAUGUUGAGGACGGAGGCAGGCGGCGGGGCGGCCGCCGGCGGGGGGUCCCCCUCCGGCGGGGCGACGGGUGGCGGGGGUCUCCGGAGCGCGUCCCCCCACCGUAACGCCUACGAGGCCACCAUCCAGGCCCUGGCACCCACAAAGGAGACCGAUGGUGAAGACGGCAAGAAAAGCCGGGGUAAGAAGUAUGGCUCCAACGUUCACCGUAUCAAGAACAUGUUCCUGCAGAUGGGGACGGCUCCCGGCCCCGAGGGCGCCUGCGACCUGGCCAAGGCCAAGGAGAAGCCCGUCCGCCUCUCCUUGCCCCGGGCCGGCAGCCUCAGUGAAAGCGUGGACCAGGGCAACCUCCUCAAGCUGGGCACCAGUGUCUCGGAGAGGGUCAGCCGCUUUGACUCCAAACCUGACAAACCCUUCUCCAAGCUUCAGGAGACCCGUAAGAUCUUUGAGAGGAGCCCGCAGGAGAAGGCCACCACCACCAAGCUCUUGCUACGUAAGGAACGAGCUGGUUUCCAGGACCGUAAGCUGGAUGUGGUGGUGAGGUUCAACGGCAGCACCGAGUCCUUGGACAAGCUGGACACCGAGGCUGUCUCACCCACUGUCAGCCAGCUCAGCGCCGUCUUCGAGAAGGCCGACCUCCGUAACAACCUCCAUAAAGCGCCAGGGCGAGCGGGAGGACCGCUCAACGCCAAGGUGGUGGGCAAGCGACCUCGGGUCUUCUUGCCGAGCCCCGAGGCCGGACGGCUGGGCGAUGGCCAUGCCACCCCGGCCCGUGCCCGGCCGCCGGAGGAGGAGAAGGCAGCGGGGAAGACCAGCCGGCCGGUGGAGAAGGAGACAGCCGCCCCGCGGGUGCAGGAGGUCUGCAAGAUCAAGCCGGUGGAGGUGGAGGAGAGCGGCGAGGCCGAGGAGGAGGAGGAGGAGGAGGCGACGACGGCGGCGGGUGAACCAGUGCCUGCACCCCAACCGGCCAAGGGGGCCGAGGGUCCAGCACCCACCGCCCCCCGGCUGGAAGGGGGCUUGGGGGCGGCCACAGGCGAGGAGGGCGUCAAGGGCGAGCGGGCGGAGGACGGCGAUGCCUACGAGGAGGCCAAGAAGGAGGACUUCUCCGAGGCGGACCUGGUGGACAUAAGUGCCUACAGCGGGCUCGGGGAGGACUCGGGGGGCAGCGGGCUGGAGGAGGAGGAGGAGGCUGAAGGGCUGUACGAGCCUGAGUCGGGCUGUGUGGAGAUCCCUGGGCUGUCCGAGGAAGAGGAGCCCGUCCCCAACCGCAAGAUCCAGUUCAGCACAGCCCCCAUCCAGGUCUUCAGCACUUACUCCAAUGAAGACUACGACCGCCGCAAUGAAGACGUCGACCCCAUGGCCGCGUCGGCCGAGUACGAGCUGGAGAAGAGGGUGGAGCGGCUCGACCUCUUCCCCGUGGAGCUGGAGAAAGACUCCGAAGGGCUGGGGAUCAGCAUCAUCGGCAUGGGCGCGGGGGCUGACAUGGGCCUGGAGAAGCUGGGCAUCUUCGUCAAGACGGUGACGGAGGGUGGGGCGGCCCACCGGGACGGCAGGAUCCAGGUGAACGACCUGAUCGUGGAGGUGGAUGGCACCAGCCUGGUGGGGGUGACGCAGAGCUUUGCCGCCUCCGUCCUCAGGAACACCAAGGGCCGCGUCCGGUUCCUCAUCGGGCGGGAGAAGCCGGGGGAGCAGAGCGAGGUGGCGCAGCUGAUCCAGCAGACGCUGGAACAGGAGCGGUGGCAGCGGGAGAUGAUCGAGCAGCGCUACACCCAGUACACCGAGGAUGAUGAGGAGACGGGCGAGUACGCCACGGAUGAGGAGGAGGAGAUGAGCCCCAUGUUCCCCAGUGGCGAGAUGGCCAUUGAGGUGUUCGAGCUGGCCGAGAACGAGGACGCGCUCUCCCCCGUGGAGAUGGACCCCGAAAAGCUGGUGCACAAGUUCAAGGAGCUCCAGAUCAAGCACGCCGUCACCGAGGCUGAGAUCCAGCAGCUGAAGAGGAAGCUGCAGUGCCUGGAGCAGGAGAAGGCACGCUGGCGGGCCGAGAAGGCCCAGCUGGAGCAGAGCGUGGAGGAGAACAAGGAGCGGAUGGAGAAGCUGGAGGGGUACUGGAUGGAGGCGCAGAACCUCUGCCAGGCCGUGGACGAGCACCUCAAGGAGACGCAGGCCCAGUACCAGACCCUGGAGCGCAAGUACAGCAAGGCCAAGAGGCUCAUCAAGGAGUACCAGCAAAAGGAGAUCGAGUUCCUGAAGAAGGAGACAGCGCAGCGGCGGGUGCUGGAGGAGUCGGAGCUGGCGCACAAGGAGGAGAUGGAGAAGCUGCAGGAGAAGAUCUCCGAACUGGAGGCCAAGCUGCAGACUUUGAAAAAUUCCAACCCGACUUAAACCACCCUCAAACCACAGCGAUUUUGGUGGUGGUGGGGCUUCUCUCCACCCCCCCGGCCCUGUUCCUUCCCCCUCCUCCCCACCCCUUCCCCACUGGGGAGGAGGUGAGACCCCUGCCAAGGCCUCCUGGUGCCCCCCACUUCCCCCCUGGGGGCACAGACAGCAGAUGGGGGGGGGGGCCGGGGUGCGUCUUGGGGGGGGCGUACACCCCGCGUUCUUGUCUGUGUCCAGUGUGAGUCUCGUGGUGACGUGAUGGACCAAUCGGCGCGGGGGGGCACGGCCCCCCCCCAGGCCUCCCCCCUCCCCAAGCACACCUUCCCCUCGAUGUGACACCCUCCUCCCCCCCCCACCCCCCGGACACAGAGCUGGCACCCCGGUUGGACGCUGGGGGGGGGGGGGGG